GGAAGGCGAGAAGCUGUGGCAGUGGGAGAUGACCAUGCGGUUUCUGCGGGGCGAGGAUAUGGAUUUCGACUACACCACCGUCGAUCACAAUGAUGAAUAUGACGAUUGGAACGAGGCGCAGGAACAGUACUUUGACGACGAGGAGCCGGAAUGGAUUGUCGAGGGCGAGGGCGGGGACAGUGGGGAUGUCAGGUCUCGGCUUCAAGGUGAGACUGGCAUUCAGGACUUUUGAGUCGCUUUACCGUGAUCAGUUGUUUUGCGGAUCCGGAUACGCCGCAGUUCGGGGCAGUCUCGGCUCGUCCCGAGCGUUAACUCGUACUUUGACCUACGAUUCUUCUCGUGCUUUCAGGCUCAGCCACUGAUGAGUAAUGACUUGCUCUUUGCGGCGCAGUUCUAUGACUGGAUUCCGUUCUCGCAUACUGCAGAGACAACGGAAGUUGACAUACUGGCGUUUGAUCCUCGUCAGAACGACUUUUCCGAGGCCUGUCAAGACCGACAUGGAGGAACAGCCCAAGCAUGCGUCAUUGAAUACCAGACCACCACGUCAUGGCUGGAGCCGAGUGGCCCUCGGCCGGCAGACGGCCGAGACCAGAUCAGGACUGGGGAUCUCCUCCACGGCUCGCUAAGAAUUGGCUUUGGCGGAGGGGUCGAUUGUCCUAGCACGCCCCUCCCCCGUGCUUGUUGCAUUAGAGCUUGGAUAUCUCUUCCGCAGGAGUCGACUGACGUAGUGAGUCACUUCCCCUUUCAGCUGCUGGGUCAGGCUGAUGCCGGACCGUGGGUAAUUGGAGCACAUGGUACACAGGUUUCCAGCGGGGAAAACCUACGGGGAAAAUUCAAGCCACGCAUAAGGAUCUUGAUCUUGUGCCGAGCCACUAUCUGUUGGUGAAUGAUUUAGGAUACAGCUUAGUGAAUGUAUGUAUAGGUACUUGGGUGAAUGCCAA